ACGCUAUGUCCAGCAAAGGCUCUGUGGUUCUGGCCUACAGCGGCGGCCUGGACACCUCCUGCAUCCUCGUGUGGCUGAAGGAACAAGGCUAUGACGUCAUUGCCUACCUGGUGAGGGAGCGCCCUCGGUGUCUUCUGGUGUCUGUCUGUCUGCCAGCCUCUGCCCAGGUUGCCAGCCUCUCUGCUCACUGUUACUCAUUCAAGCCUGGCUUCUCCUCUCUAAAGCCAGGUGAUGGGGGGGUCUCAGCUGAGGCCCCUGGGGCUCUGUAUGCCAGCUGGCCGCUGUCCUUGCCGACUUCUUCCUCUGGGUUUCUCUUCCCGCAGGUGUUCAUUGAGGAUGUCAGCAGGGAGUUUGUGGAGGAGUUCAUCUGGCCGGCCAUCCAGUCCAGUGCACUGUAUGAGGACCGCUACCUCCUGGGCACCUCUCUCGCCAGGCCCUGCAUCGCCCGCAAACAAGUGGAAAUCGCUCAGCGAGAGGGGGCCAAGUAUGUGUCCCACGGUGCCACGGGAAAGGGGAACGAUCAGGUCCGGUUUGAGCUCACCUGCUACUCACUGGCCCCCCAGAUAAAGGUCAUUGCUCCCUGGAGGAUGCCUGAGUUCUACAACCGGUUCAAGGGCCGCAACGACCUGAUGGAAUACGCAAAGCAACAUGGGAUUCCCAUCCCGGUCACGCCCAAGAAUCCAUGGAGCAUGGACGAGAACCUCAUGCACAUCAGCUACGAGGCUGGAAUCCUGGAGAACCCCAAGAACCAAGCGCCUCCAGGUCUCUACACAAAGACCCAGGACCCGGCCAAAGCCCCCAACACCCCUGACAUUCUUGAGAUCGAGUUCAGAAAAGGGGUCCCCGUGAAGGUGACCAAUGUCAAGGAUGGCACCACCCACCAGACCUCCUUGGAGCUCUUCAUGUACCUGAACGAAGUCGCGGGCAAGCAUGGCGUGGGCCGAAUUGACAUCGUGGAGAACCGCUUCAUUGGAAUGAAGUCCCGAGGUAUCUACGAGACCCCAGCAGGCACCAUCCUUUACCACGCUCAUUUAGACAUCGAGGCUUUCACCAUGGACCGGGAAGUGCGCAAAAUCAAACAAGGCCUGGGCUUGAAAUUUGCUGAGCUGGUCUAUACCGGUUUCUGGCACAGCCCGGAGUGUGAAUUUGUCCGCCACUGCAUCGCCAAGUCGCAGGAGCGAGUGGAAGGGAAAGUGCAGGUGUCCGUCUUGAAGGGCCAGGUGUACAUCCUCGGCCGGGAGUCCCCACUGUCUCUCUACAACGAGGAGCUGGUGAGCAUGAACGUUCAGGGUGACUAUGAGCCAAUUGAUGCCACCGGCUUCAUCAACAUCAAUUCCCUCAGGCUGAAGGAAUAUCAUCGUCUCCAGAGCAAGGUCACUGCCAAAUAGACCCCUGUACAAUGAGGAGCCAGGGCCGCCUCAAUUUGCAGAUCCCCCAAGUACAGGCGCUAAUUGUUGUGAUAAUUUGUAAUUGUGACUUGUUCUCCCCGGCUGGCAGCCUAGUGGGGCUGCCAGGCCCCGGCUUUGUUCCCUGGUCCCCCUGAAGCCUGCAAACCUUGUCGAAGGGAAGGGUGGGGGGCAGCUGCAGUGGGAAGCUAUAAAAUGACAAUUAAAAGAUACACUAGUCUUUUGUUUCU